AUGGCUGCUGUUGUUGUUCAAUCUCGGUUUGCGGGUCUCAAAAUAGAGGAUGAUGAUACUUCUCCAAAUAACACCCAGAAAUCGAAAAAGAGUAAAACAAACAAUGCAAAAAAUAAAGAGCCUGUUAAAAAAACUAAAAAUAAUAACAACAACAAACCCCAAAAUGUUCCUAAGAAACGUAAGCCGAAACCAACUGAUGCAACUUCAGAACAAUGGGAAAUGUGGAAGCAAAAGGAUGAGGAACUUGUUCAUGGCAAUUUCGAAUCUGAACUUCAACAGGCUAUAUUAUUGUCAAAACUUGAUUUUGAAGAAAAAAAAGAUGUAUACAAACAGCUAAAAAAAGAUGCAGAUGUUGAAAAAAAAUCUGAGCAAUCUCGAAGUGGGAAUAAGAAAAAUAAGAAAAAAAAUGUCAUGAGCUUAGAGCAGUUUAAUGAAAUGGGAAAUUGUGAUGGUUCAAGAGCAACCAAUGAAGAAGAUAAAAGUCCACAAGCAGAAUCUCAAAUACCCGAGAAAGAUACCAAAUUUUUUGAAAGGGUUCAAGAUGAAACAAAACAUGAGCUUCUAAAGGAUAAAAUAAUAGAUAGAGUACGACACCAGACUGUGUCUGAUGAAAUAAUAACAAGAGUACAGUACAUAGAAGCCCUGGAAAGGAAGGACAAAGAAAUUACAGCAUUGAAGCAGGAAGUAACAAAAUUGAAGGAAGAACUUCUUACAGUAAAGUCACGAAAUAAAAAAUUAUGCAAUAUUCUUGGACAGGGCGAAAUGAAAGAUAAAGCAGAAGUCCUUAUAGAAGUAGAGAGGCUACGGUCAGUACAAGCCGAGCUCAAUGCAGAGCUGGCUUCUCUACACUCCCACCUUGAAAAAGAAAGAUCAAAGAACGCCGAUCCUAGGGCGAAAGACAAAAAAAAGAGGGGUGCCAAUGGCGAUAAGGAGAAAUAG